AUGGCAUUGAAAGCGUCUCUUCGGUUGUUUAGCUUCUUUAGUGAAGAGUUACGACCCGCUUUGAACAACUUCGUCUUUCGUUUACCACAUCCUAGUCUCACGUCAAAAAGUCCUACUUCGAGCCUGACGUCAACUUCAACACAGCCUGCUAAAACCAGGUGUCCAUUCCAUCACCGUCAUCAAAACCCGGCGGCUGUAGCACCAUACCCGGUAGAAACCCCAAACUACGCCACGGGUUUUCCUUACCAAGACAUUCCCUCACCGAAAGGCUUGCCCUUGAUUGGGACAACCUUUAAUUUACUAGCUAGCGGGGGCGCUCCAAAGAUCCACGAGUAUUGUGACAGGCGGCAUAAGGAACUGGGCAAUAUCUAUCGCGAGAAACUGGGCGCCGUCGAAGCUGUUUUCAUAGCAGACAGUGAGCUGAUACAACGAGUUUAUCAAAACGAAGGCCGAUAUCCUUUGCACAUGGUCCCAGAGCCUUGGAUCAUAUACAAUGAAAUCAAAGGCAUCCAGCGUGGGUUAUUCUUUAUGGAUGGUCCUCAAUGGGGUAAUCGUCGUAAGAGCCUGAACAAAGUGUUCCGACAACAGACCGUCUCAAGUCAAGCCAAGGUGUUCAACGAUGUUAUCAGUGAUCUAUUGAACAGAUGGCGAAGUGUGCGGAAUAAAAAUAUGGAAUUGAAAGAUCUGGAGAGAGAGCUGUACAACUGGUCUAUUGAUUCCUUAGGAACGAUGAUUUUUGGGCGACGAUUAGGUUGUGUGAUGUCUGACAGUAGGAUUGACAAUGUCCACGAAUUUGUUCACUGCGUCCAACAAAUCUUCAUUGAAUCUGCGCAGAUGACCAUGGUACCACCUCGGGUUGCCUACUUGCUCAAGUUACCAGUAUGGCAGAGAUUUAUUCGGGCAGCUGACAGAGCCCUGGAACUAGCAAGAUCUUACGUCGAAGAUAACGUUAAAGAAAUCUUCUCUAAGGCAGAGACUGGAGAACCGGUAGAGGGCGUCCUGAGCCAGAUGCUUUUGCAAGACAAGCUAAGAGAAGAGGAAAUAGUGCGAAUUAUUGCUGAUCUCUUUCUUGCAGCUGCUGAUACUACAUCCCACGCCACACAAUGGACACUUUACAUGCUAGCGAGAAACCCGAAAUGUCAGGAAAGAGUUGCAGAGGAAGUUAAUAGAGUGGUUCCUUUUGGGGAAGUCAUGAAAGAGGAGCAUCUCCAGCAUCUUCCUUUCCUGAAAGCUGUAAUCAAAGAGACUCUUCGGCUCUAUCCAGUUGCUCCAUUCUUAACACGAAUCUUGUCAAAAGAUAUUGUUUUGAAUGGCUACGAAAUACCAUCUGGGAAGCUGAUCCUGAUGUCUUUAUACACUACAGGAAGAGAUCCUAAAUAUUUUUCAGACCCAGAUCACUUCAUUCCCGACAGAUGGCUGCGCAAUCGGGACACACAUGACGUCAUCAAUACGUACGCUUGCUUACCAUUUGGCUACGGUCCCAGAUCUUGUAUAGGGCGUCGGGUAGCAGAGAUUCAAAUGCAACUCCUUUUAGCAAGAACGGUUCAGGCAUUCCAUAUAGAGUCUGUUAAUUCAAGAGAGGUGGGGAUCACUAUGAGGAUGAUCACGACUCCCGAUGAACCAAUCAGACUACGUUUGCUGAAUCGCAACAUAUGA